GGGCGGGGCUAGGAAUCAUGGCAGCCAUGGAAGCCCCAGCUGACUUUCCUUUUCCCUUCAAGCCGUAUAGUAUUCAAACUGAUUUCAUGAGGAGUCUCUAUAGUACACUAGAGGAAGGUAAAGUUGGACUUUUUGAAAGCCCAACAGGGACGGGUAAAUCAUUGAGUAUAAUAUGUGGUUGUUUGAAGUGGUUAAUGGAUCAUCAAGAGAAAGAGACCAAGAGAUGUGAAGCUAUCUUGUCUGGUGACGUUUCUGUACUACCUCUUAGUGAUAAAAAUGAGAAGAAAAGUGUAGUUGAUGAUUGGUUUGCUGAAUAUGAUCAACGUAAGAGGCUAAGAGAUGAAGCAUUUAAAAUGAAGUUAGCAGCUGACAAGAGGAAGCAGAGACAAGAAAGGAUUAGUUUAUUGAAGGAACGUUAUGGAACAUCUCUUUUUAGUAAAAGACAAGCAACAGUUAAAAAUGAAAAGAUGUCAAUUACUGAUGAGCAAGUUACAGUAGCGUCAUCAGCAGACAAUGAAUUGCUAUUAGAUGAAUAUCAUAGUGAUGAUGAGCAUAUGGAGCAUAAUGAUAGUUUUGAAUCUGAUUGUGAUAUUGAGGAUGAAGAUCAGACUGUUAAAAUAUUUUAUGCUAGUAGGACACACUCUCAAUUGACUCAGUUUGUUCACGAGGUUAAAAAAACUUCUUACAAGGACACUGUGUCUGUGAUUCCACUUGGGUCACGUCAGACAUGCUGCCUGAAUAAAAGUGUAACAAAAUUGCAGUCAAUCAGUCUCAUUAAUGAAAGAUGCAUCGAACUACAAAAAAAUAAGAAAAAAUCAUCAACUCGUGAUAAUGAUACUGUGAAGACAAAGAGACACAGAACAGUUAAUAGUGAUGGCUGUGAUUAUUAUAAAUUAAAUAAUAUUGAAACAAUGAGAGAUCUGGCAUUAGAUGAAAUACAAGAUAUUGAGCAGUUGGUUACAUUAGGUAGAGAUAUAUCUGGUUGUCCUUAUUAUGCUACAAGAUACGCUGUACCACACGCUCAACUAAUUGUACUUCCUUAUAAUAUUCUUCUUCAUUCUAAUACACGUGAUGCUGUUGGUAUUAAAUUGAAAGGAAAUAUUGUGAUUAUUGAUGAAGCACAUAAUCUUAUAGAUACAAUAUCAUCAAUACACUCUGUACAUAUCACAAUGCAUCAAAUACAAAAGACUCAUUCUCAAUUAUUACAGUAUAGAGAUCGCUAUCAAUCAAGACUCAAAGCAAAGAAUCUUAUGUAUAUUGAUCAAAUAUUGUUUGUUUUAAUUUCAUUCCAAAGACUCCUUACCCGUUCCUCUGAUACUCCUAAUCCUCAUACCAGUACUGGCACUAUCAAUCAAUCCCAACAAGAGCAUUGUGAGUUGGUGAGACUAAAUGAGUUCCUUCUAAAAGCAAAGAUUGACAAUAUAAACAUGUUCAAGUUAUUACAAUAUUGCAAGAAGAGUCAGAUUGCUAAGAAAUUGAAUGGAUUUGCUGAAAGUUAUCAAAGAGAUGAAGCCACUAUUAAAGAUGAUAUAGGUGCUAAUACUAGUUCCAGUGUUGUAAGACACCAAGGAGAUAUUGAUAGAGAUGGCAUUAGAUCUCCUCUAAUGAUAAUCCAACAGUUUAUAGAAUCAUUAACGACUGCUGAUCAAGACUGUCGUAUUGUUAUUAAGCAAAGUAAUGAUUCUUCCAGCCAAUCAAGCUUGAAAUACUUGUUAUUGAACCCGUCAGUUCACUUCACUGAUAUUGUAAAAGAGGCUAGAGCUGUUGUUCUUGCUGGAGGUACAAUGCAACCAUUUUCUGAUUUUAAAGAGCAACUCUUCACUGGAGCUGGUGUUCCUAUUGAUAGAUUCUUUGAAUUCUCUUGUGGUCAUGUGAUAGGUGAUGAUCAACUCCUCCCCCUCACUCUUAGUAAAGGUACCAGUGGAUACACUUUUAACUUCAAUUAUGAACAAAGACAAGACAAACAAAUGAUAAUAGAAUUAGGAAGAACUAUUAGUAAUAUUGUGACCAUUGUUCCUGGGGGAGUUGUCUGUUUCUUUCCUUCAUAUGAAUAUGAAAAGCUCGUCUUUAAUAUUUGGGAGAAGAAUGGACUGCUAGAUAGAAUUGCAAAUAAAAAACAAAUAUUUAGAGAACCAAAACUGGCGAGUCAGGCUGAACUGGUGUUGUCUCAAUAUGCAAGAUGUAUUGAAUAUAAUGGAGGUAUAUCAGUCAGCAGUCUAACUGGUGCAUUGAUGUCUUGUGUUGUUGGUGGAAAAUUAAGUGAAGGAAUCAAUUUCUCUGACAAUUUGGGAAGGUGUGUAAUUAUGGUUGGCCUUCCUUAUCCUAAUAUUAAAUCACCAGAGCUUAUUGAGAAAAUGGAAUAUCUUAAUUCUACUCAGAAAGUUGAUGUCAGUAGUAAGUCUCCAGGUCAGAUGCAUUAUGAUAAUCUGUGUAUGAAAGCUGUCAAUCAAUCAAUUGGUAGAGCUAUCAGACACGCUAAUGAUUAUGCUACUAUAAUACUGAUAGAUCAGAGAUAUUCACAUCCAUCAGUUUAUAGUAAACUUCCAAACUGGAUAUCAUCACAGUUAUUAAUUACUACAUCCUUUGGCCAGUCAUUCAGUGCUUUAAGAAAGUUUUUCUUAUCAAAAAAGAACAAGUGAUCUAAUGAACUGCGCCAAUAAUAAACAAUGACAUUAAUUUUAUGUAUGUAUAGUAAUGAAUGUCUUUGUCUUCUACAUUUUAUACAUGUGGCACAAGUGAUGUCCUUCCUCUUGCUUAUAAUGAACAUUAUGUAUCGUCAAACACCACUAAACUACCAUUUUUCAAUUUGCCAAUCUAAAAGAGCA